AAAGAGUUGGCGUCGUAACGUGUGACAUUGAAUGCCUAUCAAUUAACAAAACCAUUGUGACUGAAAAAAAUAAGAAAGUGAAGUUAUAUAAAUAGUUCAUUACGUGUGAUGUUAAUGAAAAACAAUGUGAUUCGUGUUAAAAUGCAAUGGGCUGGCGGUGGGAAGAACUCGUUGAUGAUUAACUGCUUCCAGGAGAUAAUGAAAUCGGUUACAUGUCUCUAAAGGACGCGAGAGGCACGAAGAUGUCGGCAGCGGGGUCAGCGGUUGCCAUGAUCGGCGCAAAUUUGCGCUUCGGUUCAGCUGGCGCUACAAAUUCUUCGAUCGUGAACAACACCAGGCACUGCCCGCCAGGUGGGGCCGCGAGUGCAGCUGCUCUGCUAGCGUUGUCCGGACUUGGCAUUUUAGCGAAUAUAGCGCUCAUGACCGUUAUACUCAGCAAAAAGCAAUUGCGAAGGUGGUCACACGGUCUCCUUUUUCAUCAAGCGAUCGUAGACUGCGCACGCGCAGCUAUACUCCUGCCCCUCGGUAUCGCCGUGUUUCGCUGCCAGCCAGUCUACAAGUGCUCAUUAGUGGAGACUGCAUUUCUGUUGCUAGUAACAGUAUCCACAGUAAAUAUGCUGACGACGGUCCUCAACGACAGCCCGAUUUUUCCUGAAAACGAGGAAGAGCAAGCUGAUUUAUCGGCUCCCUUACUAAUGGACAGCCCUCAGUGUGUCCUUUUCGGCACAUUUAUGAUAUGGUUUGCGUCAAUUACUAUAAAUCUUGGACCGACGUUCUUAUCUGGAGCAUUGGCAGCGAGCGCCGGCUCGUACGGGUCUUACGGUCCGUCGCCGUCCUGCCCGUUAGUCCGAGGACCUUUCAGACAUUACGUCCUAAAUGCCCUGUGGAUCGGCGUUAACACCGUCUGCGUCGGAUUGACACUAUUCCAUUUACGGAAACUCCACCGGGACCUUACUAAGGCUAACGUAGAAGCCGUACGAGUAGCUGGUCUAGUAACCACGCUCGUCAGCAUGGCUGGAGACAACAGGCGCAUGGAUUCGCUUCCAAACAGCGUUGGACCAAGGACAGUAGAUGGGGCUUUGGCUGAUGGUCAGUGCCGACCUACUGGGAGUGCCAAUUUACCUCUUGGAGGUGGUCGAAGGCUUAGAGGGUAUCUCGCUAGAGUAGAACGCGAAGGGGUCCGACGUGUGCGAAUGUUCCUAGUUAUCACGGCUGCAUACGUCCUCUUUUGGGGACCACUAUUUAUAAUAACCUUGCUGCACCAUCCGGCAUUGACAUCGCAUGUAGCAUACGAGCUAUAUUUCCAAAUCACGUUGCACAUAUCGUACGUGCACGCAGCAGUCAAUCCUCUGCUGUUCUUAGCGCUUCACCGCGCUUUGCGCCGCGCAACACUUCAGCUAUGCUGCGGAUGCUGCGUGCAUUGGAGCCAGUUUGUACUCGCUCUUACAGCGGCCGCUCAGUCUCCUCUCGCGCCGUCUUCUUUCUCUCCGGCGGCGGCGUCCCCCGAGCCGCCGCCAGCUCCACCCCCACCUAUGGCGCCGCCCGCGCCGCCCCCGCACCCGGUGCCAACGCCACACACGAUGAUGGGAGACGAGGAUAUGAUGGAGUCGUGGAGCGGCAGUGUGCGGCGGCCUCGCUCGCCGAGCCCGCUCCUGCCCGCCAUAUGAAGCGCCCGCGGCACGGUUGACUCCCGCGCCUCGCGGCAGUUGCCACACGUAUCCGCCUGCCUGCUACCUUCCGUGCCGUUUUAAUAUCAGAUGGAGCCAUCGUCUCGUACAAGUAGCACGGGUUAUCGUGUCCUCCUAAUGUAUCCGUUUCGUGUGUAACAGUUUCUUAUGAAUGUUUGUAAUUAAUAGUAAAUUAAAUGUCUAGUAACUGUAAUCAAUUAAGAUACUAACAAUUAUGAGUAAAAUUAAAUUAAUUACAUGAAUGGAUAACCCUAUUUAUAUUAGAUAGGUUUAAUGAUGAUUAGAAACAGAAAGCUCAAUUCUAAACAAAUAAAUCGUAGCAAUAAACAUUGUAUUGACCACACAAUAUCGAAUCGUAAAUAUAGAUUACCAUAAACAUAUUUUUGUGACAUUAAUAUAACUUAUAACCAUAACGCAUAACACCAAGUAAAGGGUAAACCCAUUUAAAUAUUGUAAGUACGUUUAAGUCUUAGAUUCAAUGAAAUAUUUUUAAAAUAUCAGCUUAUACUAAAAAUACUUCUUAGAUAUUAU